AUGCCGUUAAUUAACAAAGCCUCCAAGCGUAAGCGUACAGACAGCCACCUCGCCCCAGAAGCUACUCCAGAAACGAGUACAGCCUCAAUGCAGGAACAUAUUGCCAUCAUUGUAGAUGAAGAGGGAGACAGUGAAGAUGUGCACUCCGAGGAUCUUGACUACCCUUGGUGCAAAGAUGUGAGGGUGACAGCCACUACUAAAGAUGCAGUGCAGGUUGGGCAUUGCAAGGGCUAUCUCAUCGAUCGCGCUCGAAUUCGUCAUCAUUUCUACGAAGAGAUGGACGGCCCUGACCAUGAUGUCAAAGAGUUUGGUGUGUACAUGUUCGAUCGCUUUGGGAACCUGAAAUUGGAUUUCUAUCAGCAUCCUGUGAAAAGAGGGACUGGUGCCUGGGGGGAGGAAAUCAACAAAGGGAGAAUAUUGCUGAUUACCUCAGUGUUCGUCAAGAAGGAAUUCAGAGGCCAAGGUCAUGGCAAGACAAUGGUACAAGAGCUAUGGAACAAGGCGAGAGCAACCUCCAAAGAAUGCAUGUUCGCAGCAACGAUGCCAGCCAUUUCCCGCGCUCCCCAUUUACCCAUGCCAACACCGCAAGAAACUGCUCGAGGCGAGGCGUUGCUCAGCCUCGCCGAAGAGUUCUGGCGAGCCGUGGGCUUUCGCAGGAUCGGAUCGAGCCCUUAUUAUGGUUUUGCUCAAGAUGAGGCCCAUCCUUCUAAAUCACUGAAGGUUGCCGCCGAUUACCGCCGGCCUCUCGCCUUGCAAGGGCCAAAGUAUCAUGGUAACCAGGAGUGGCCCUACACGAGGGAAAUGACAACAGCGAAAGAUGAUCAUCUGCUUGGGAUCUUGAGAGACCGAUUGCAAGAAGUUCCGGGCGAUCACCCUAUAUGGGUAGCCAAAGACAAUCAUGGCAACAAUAUCAUGCACAUCGCCGCACAUCGAAGGCCUAGGUCUUUGGCUUUCCUCUUCGACCUCGACCAAGCACAUCACUUGGAGACGGCGCGCAACCUGGAGGGAGAGACCCCUUUGGAAUUUGCCCUUGCUCGUGUCGAGAAGACGAGACUGUGUAAAGAAUAUAUGGAUAUGGCUAUGGAAGCAUCCAAUGACUUCGAUGGUCUUACUUACGCCGAACAUGAGUGCGUCCUCAAGCUCAUGCAUAUUACGAAUCCCAGACAACACCUAUCCGAACAAAUACGAUUCGGAUGUACGUGCGCCGAGUGCAUUGAAGGUUUCAUCAGCCCCCGGAUGGCUGAAGCUUUGAGAACUCAGGCGGCGCUUAUCUUUGAUCUUCUCCGAUCGGAGAGUGGUGCUGACAUUGAAGAUGAAGGCGAUAGAUGGCUGCGUCUCAAUGAUCACUUUCUACGGUAUAUCCCGUCGCCUCUUCACGCUAGACUCCGUACAAGCUACACCUUGCGUCAGGGAUACACACAUGCCUUCUUAUUCAUCCGUGACCUGCUAGGUGAGAAGCGCUUUCCCUCUUUUCAUGAGGUGGCCGAACGCGCGGAGAAGCAAACGUCUCAACAUACAAAGAUGUUUCUGCAACAAGGAGGUGGCGUUGCUUCUGUUAUAUUCACGUGCAUUGACAAAGCUGUUGAGGAGGACGAGUAUUUAGGGGACGGGUCUUACUACGAUUGUUUUGGCGAUACUGUUGAUGCUCUCAAACCGUGCCGCAACGAUCACGAGUUCGGCUUUGUACGGCGGCAGUAUUGUAAGCAUGAACGCAUCACUGAUGGUGCUGAUAUUGAGCUCGGUCGGUUCGUUCACAACGACUUCGAGGACUUUUAA